AUGGGGGUUUUGUGGUCGGAUUGUGAGGGAAAAGUGCAGAGUAGGGAUGUUACGGGGGCGGAUUUGCAGACGGCGAGGAAGUUCUUUGCUUCGACUACGCCUAGGGAAUUGGAUCUUUUGGGUGUGGCGGAUGGGGAACGACGGGAACAUGGUCUUUUGGAAAUGAAUGAUUUGCUAGGUGGUGUUUUGAAGGGAAAAUAG